GGCGGUUGGCUCGGCCGGGAGGCGGGUGCACGUGCGGGCGGGGGCGAUGCGUCACAGAUCGGUGAGGCGCGGCGGAGGGGUCGGCUUCCCUCCCGAGCCUUCGGCUGGGCCCCGUCUCAGAGGAACAAGGAUGAAUAUGACUCAAGCCCGGGUUCUGGUGGCUGCAGUGGUGGGGCUGGUGGUUGUCCUGCUCUACGCCUCCAUCCACAAGAUUGAGGAAGGGCACCUGGCUGUGUACUACAGGGGAGGAGCUUUACUAACUAGCCCCAGUGGACCAGGCUAUCAUAUCAUGUUGCCUUUCAUUACUACGUUCAGAUCUGUGCAGACGACACUACAAACUGAUGAAGUUAAAAAUGUGCCUUGUGGAACAAGUGGUGGAGUCAUGAUCUAUAUUGACCGAAUAGAAGUGGUUAACAUGUUGGCACCUUAUGCAGUGUUUGAUAUUGUGAGGAACUACACUGCAGAUUAUGACAAGACCUUAAUCUUCAAUAAAAUCCACCAUGAGCUGAACCAGUUUUGCAGUGCCCACACACUUCAAGAAGUUUAUAUAGAGUUGUUUGAUCAAAUAGAUGAAAACCUGAAGCAAGCUCUGCAGAAAGAUUUAAACGUCAUGGCCCCAGGACUCACUAUACAGGCUGUGCGUGUCACAAAACCCAAAAUCCCAGAAGCCAUAAGAAGAAAUUUUGAGUUAAUGGAGGCUGAGAAGACAAAACUACUUAUAGCUGCACAGAAACAAAAGGUUGUGGAGAAAGAAGCUGAGACAGAGAGGAAAAAGGCUGUUAUAGAAGCAGAGAAGAUUGCACAAGUGGCAAAAAUUCAGUUUCAGCAGAAGGUGAUGGAGAAAGAAACUGAAAAGCGCAUUUCUGAAAUUGAAGAUGCUGCAUUCCUGGCCCGAGAAAAGGCAAAAGCAGAUGCUGAGUAUUAUGCGGCACACAAAUAUGCCACCUCAAACAAGCACAAAUUGACCCCGGAAUAUCUGGAGCUCAAGAAGUACCAGGCAAUUGCUUCUAACAGUAAGAUCUACUUUGGCAGCAACAUCCCUAGCAUGUUUGUUGACUCCUCUUGUGCUUUGAAAUAUUCAGAUGUUAGGACUGGAAGAGAAGGCUCCCUCCCCUCUAAGGAGGCUCUUGAACCCUCUGGAGAGAGCCUCAUCCAAAACAAGGAGAGCACAGGUUGAUGCAAGAGGUGGAAAUAUUCUCCAUAUCAAGAUAUGUGGCCCAAGGGGUUAAGUGGGAACAAUGGUUGUACGAACUCUUCAGAUUUACAGAGAACUUGGGCUUCCUCUGUUCUGCCUCUCCUGUGAUAGUCUUCGUUUGUCAGCUGAUUGCAGGAUAGAACCAGCUGUCUGGCACUCAAAUGGUCUUUUCAGCCACAGUUUUAAGCAUCCUGUAUGUGUUCCUUUCCAAACUGGUACUCAUGAACAAGGGAAAGUCUGAUGCUAAGAUACUGCCUGCACUGGAAUGUUAAACACUAAAUAUAUAACAAGCUGUGUUUUUCUAAGCUGAAAUCUAUUGAAUAAUGUUUACAUUGGUCCCCGGGGAAAUAUAUGCUCAGCCAAUCAAGAGUUGGGAGGCCUGAGAGAAGGCGGCAAAGAUACGGUAAGUUAAUGAAGACUGAUUGCACCUGGGACCCAGGCUCUCUCUUUGGGGUCCAGUCUCAGCAUUCAUCCAUGUGAUUAACGUCGAGGCCACUGAAGUUCCCCAGGAAAUGAUCUUCCACUUGAGCAACCAUUAACUUGAUACAAUUUGCACCUUUCUGUUUUCCUACAGUGAAGUUGGUGGCCUACAGAGACCUGUGAUUGGCCACCCAACCAGAGAUUCCUCAUAGAGAUUCCUAAUCACUACUUUAUUGCAUUAGUAUGCUCAGAGAUAAAGAGGGCUUGGUUUGAAGUUUUGGAUAAGAUGAAACCUUUGCUCUGAACCAAAGCUCUGGGGCCCUGCGUUCGCUCCACUGGGUGAUGACUGUCAGCGUCACUGCCCUAGGCCAUGGGUGACUAAGGUGCCUGGUUUUAAGCCACAGCGAACUCCUUUCAGCUAUGGCUGGCUAAGAGUGGGACAGGGCUUUAACCGGAAACAGAAGCAGCAUACAAUUCCUAGCCAUUCACUGCACAGUGUUUUAUCAUAAUUGCAGGAAGUUUUUUGUUUUUAAAACUGGAUUUGGGGUAUAUUCAUUGACCUCAGCACUUCUGUCUAAAGGCCAAAUCCUAGGGCAGCCACGGCACUAGCACAUUGAUUCUCCUUAAUACUGUUCGUCAGGAGCCCCAUAUAGUGUGGAUGGAACAAAGAGUAACCUAGAAAGCAUCUUUGCCAUCUUUGUCUCCUACUCUCCCAGCCCUGAGAUGCUUAAAUCAAAGUUGUUUCUCCACCUUUCACCUUACUAGGAGAUCAUGACUCCUGACCUGGGCAGCCAGUGAAUUUAAUUUUUCAUGAGAGGAUGACAUAGUUAACCUGUGGCUACAGGAGACCUAGUUCAUCUGGACCUUUUUUUCCCUCAGAUUGACUUUCCUGGAACAGUGUGCUGCGUAGUUAGGCCCGAGUUUAUGCGACUUGUUGAAACACCUCUUUUGUACAUUCUUUUGGAGCUAGACAAAAAAGUCAUGGGACCACUUCCAGAAACCUUUCAGCUGUCAGUCCUGUUGGUCUCAUGACAGCUCAUGGGUUGUGCCAAACACUUUAUUGGGAAAGGAAAGCCCAGAUUUGAAUGGGUCUUUUCCCUGGGCCUUAUGUUAUAUAGAGGCAUUUGUAAUAUGGAGAAAAAAAAUUUUGUUUUUGCUCAUUUAAUUCUAUAAGUUCUCUUUAUGAGUGAAUUUUGGGUUUUUUAGCCCUCCUUAAAAGAACUUUUGAAUUAUAAAAAUAAACUCUUAACCUGUUAUUGUUGCUACAGAUAAAUAAUGAUUGUUGUAGGAAAUCUGGAUCAUUGAUCUCUGCUUUCAUUCCUAGAGAUGUUUUCUGUUCUUAUGAGCAAAAAGCUGUUGCCCCAGAGUGAUGGCUAUGGGUUUUCUUACUAGCCACAAGCCCUGGUGGCAAGGCUGAGGAGCAGGGAAGUACUGUUGGGAGGUUCUGAAGAAAGCACUUCCGCUUCCACUCCCCAUGGAGUGUGCUUCCCUGUGCCCACUCAGUGCGCUCUGGCUAUCCUUCAGGGAUGUUCCUUUGGCAAGAUAUACACUGUAAUCUUGAAGUCUAAAUUUAUAUGUGAAAUGCUACAUUUUUUAAAAUAAGAAACUAAAUAAAAUUAUUUUACUAUCA